AUGACGAGCCGUCAUUCCGCCAGUGGCCUAGUUGAGGUUGGGAGGGCUCAAGGGCCCCGAGCAAAAGAGGCGCUGCGAGUCGGUCUCCUGAGCUCGGCGCCCUCCAAAAAGAAGAGGCAUCCAUUCACAUGCAGGCCUCGGGCCCAGUUCAGAGCCCGGAAAAUCGGGGACGAGAAGAGAGAUCAAUCGCAAAAGGGCAGAAAGCCAUUAGAGACAGACAAUCCAACGGUCUUGAGGAGGCGUGAUGCAACAGCGCAUGCCGAAGAUAUGCGCUUCAGGCCGCGAGGUGUUGGAAAACGCAUCGGAGAAACACAAUUUUGGCGAGAACUCGAUUUUCGGGCAACCACCGCAGUGGCAUCAGAUGCCAAACAUAAGACAAGCUACUACUAG